GUGACUUACUUCACCAUUGCCGUUUAGAAAAUGCUAUUUACAGGAAGAGACGUUAUUUGGACGGUAUGAAUAAUAAGAUGAUUUCCCCAGGAAAUUCCUGAUUGAAGGGCGUCGUUUAAACAGGUUCGCAGUGGCAGAUGUGCUGAAACACAAACCUUGGCAAAGCUCUGUAUGUGAAGAACAAAACAGCUGAAGGAGGAACGCUUUUAGGGUGUUUUUGUUCCUCCUUCAGAUAGGGACAAGAACAAGAUCAUCUUUAAACAGCAGAGCAAUAACUAAACAUGUCAAACAGUAAAACACACAUGACAUGUCUACUAGGUGGUGAAAAAGAGAAAUGCUAAAUAGAGAUUAUUGGAAGGAUAUUUCAAAGUGUUGAGGGCGAUUGUGCUGAUAGAAGGUUUCCCAAACUCUGCUUUUCUGGUGGGAUGAGGUUUCCGGUGAAUCGAGUGAGUGACUGACGAAGUCUGAGGCUAUAUUUGGACAGACUUCUUCCUAGAGGGAUGGCUAGCUGUGACACAGAGUCAGACAGCCUGGACAGUACCUGCUGCGGAGGGCUGUCUGUCCUGGGCAUUUCCUCAGAGAAAGGGGAGAGUAUGGGGAGUUCCAGUGUGGGGACCUCUUACCACCAGACCCCCGACAUAGAGGCGCACACGCAGGGCUACGAUGUGGAGUUCGACCCGCCCCUGGAGAGCAAGUACGAGUGUCCCAUCUGUCUGAUGGCGUUGAGGGCGGCUGUGCAGACUCCCUGCGGACACAGAUUCUGUAAGGGCUGCAUUGAAAAAUCCCUCAGGGAUGCAGGACAGAAGUGCCCGGUGGACAAUGAGGUCCUGCUGGAGAACCAGCUGUUUCCUGAUAACUUUGCCAAGCGAGAGAUUCUGUCCCUCACGGUGUGCUGUCCCAAUGAGGGCUGCAUGCACAAGAUGGAGUUGCGCCACCUAGAGACGCAUGUGUCUCAGUGUGUCUUUGCCACUGUGGAGUGUCCGCUGUGCCACACUGCUGUGUGGAGGAGCCAGCAGGAGGAGCACAUGAAGCACGAGUGCCCACGCCGCGUGACCAGCUGCCAGAACUGUGCCUCCUGCAUCGUGUUCGAGGAGCUCCAGUACCAUGACCAGGAGUGCCCCCUAGCAAACGUGGUGUGUGACUACUGCAGUACGGAGCUCAUCCGGGAGCAGCUGCAGUAUCACUGUGAAAUGGACUGUCCUCAGGCCCCCGUCGCCUGUACCUUCAGCUCCUUCGGCUGUCCUGAGAAGAUGCAGCGAAACAAACUGGCGCAGCACAUGCAGGAUUACACGCAGAUGCACUUACGUUUGAUGGCGCAGUUCCUGCUCGAUAACCGCAUGCCCGCUCAUCUUCCAGAGAGCUCUGAUCUCCACUUCGCCCCGUCCCCCUCGGCCGGGACCAUCCCCCUGCCUCUCUCCCUGGCUGGGGCUGCUGCUGCAGCCCCCUCUCUCCAGUGCCAGAGCUCUGCGGCCCUGCAGGACCAGCGUGAGACCCUGCAGCAGCUGGAGGCCCGUCUAGUCCGGCAGGACCACCAGAUCCGGGAGCUGCUGGCUAUCAAGGAGACGCAGAGCGCGCAGGUGGGCACUCUGAAGAGGCAGGUGCGCACGCUGGAGGAGAAGGUGAGCGAGCUGGAGGCGGAGCAGUGUAAUGGCAUCUACGUGUGGAAGCUGGAGAACUUCUCCAGCUACCUGAGCAACCAGGAGUCCGAGCAGCCUGUGGUCAUCCACAGCCCUGGCUUCUACACGGGCCGGCCGGGCUACAAGCUCUGCCUUCGGCUCCACCUGCAGACUCCCAGUGCUCCACGCUGCGCCAACUACAUCUCCCUGUUCGUGCACACCAUGCAGGGCAAGUACGACAGCCAACUGCCCUGGCCCUUCCAGGGAACUAUCCGCCUCUCCAUCCUGGACCAGACUGAAGGUGUUGUCCAGCAGAACCACGAGGAGGUGAUGGAUACUAAGCCGGACCUCCUGGCCUUCCAGCGCCCCACCGCCCAGCGCAACCCCAAGGGCUUCGGCUACGUCACCUUCAUGCACCUACAGGCCCUGCGGCAGAGGGAGUACGUGCGGGACGAUGCACUGCUGGUGCGCUGCGAGGUCACCCCGCGCCUCGAUGUGAGCAGCAUUCGCAGGGAGGGGUUUCAGCCCAGGGGCACAGAGCCCCCUGUUUAACAUGGAGGUUCAGCAGGGGGUGAUAUUGAGUCACUGGUGUUUCAGCAAUAUUAAAGACAAGAAACAAUAUUACACAAUGUCAGUACGGGGCUGAUUCGAUGUGAUAAAUACUCAAGGUCAAACGCUAUGCAGUUGUAUGAUGGAGGUUGUGUAUUGUAAUUGGAAACAUCAAUCAUAUAAAUUUGCUUACCUAUUUCCUUUUUAAAAAUAUAUUGAUUUGCUACAUACAAGCCCAGGAUACAGCAAAGAUAGUGAUGUUUUUUUGUAAACACUGCAGGAUGUUCUUUGGGUCAAUUACAGUGCUUGUAAUUUUAAUGGUUUAAUUCGCGGUUCAGAAGCAUGCCAAACAACUGAACUAAAUGAGUUCCGACUGCAAUGUGCUAAUUAAUACGAAGAUCCGGGAAAUGAGUUUAGCCAAUAUCAACAAGUGGAACAAGUCAGGCUGAUCAUGGGAAUCAACCCAUAGACCGGUAUAUACAAAAUAAACCCCAGUCUUACACAAUUUUAAGAAACAUUUCUUGUGCCUUGUAGUGCGCAUGUAUUUCAGCGACAUUCUUCCCCCCUCUUUUAUACGUUUUGUUUUUUCCCUGCAAUUCCUUUUUAAUAUUCAGAUACUAAAUUCCUAACACUGUAACCUACCAAGAGACACAAGGACUAAAAUAAAGUAACAGUUUUAAAUAAAAUAGACUCCAGCUUGCACAGUAUAAUAUUAUGUAUUAAAGGAUGGUAAAGCAGAGUUAAGCACUGUGCACAGAGAGGGAUGGUAAAGCAGAGUUAAGCACUGUGCACAGAGAGGGAUGGUAAAGCAGAGUAAAAACAAUAACAAUUAAGCACAGCAAAUGCAUUGGAAAAGAAACUGCGCAUUAACAUGCAAAAUAGCCAGUGAAAAACUUCUAAGGGUUGCAAUGUUGUAUUAAAUACCAUAACAGUACAUUAAAGUACGAUAUUCUAUGGUGGCUGAUGUGAUUUGCACAUACAGAACAAAAGUGUUUGUGUGUGCAACUCAUUUAAAUGGAACAAGCACUGACAGUCUCUAAAUUCACAUAAUAAUUUACUUAAAAGGUACGCUGCAAUUGACCCAAGUACUAUAAGCAAUAACAACAUACUGCAGUGCCAUUACAUCGUGUUGCUCAGCACUUGCCAGGAGCACUGCAAAUGUUGACUUCUUAAUCCCUCUAUAACUAUUUACAUGCAGUCUGUUUUUAAUAAGAGCACCUUCAUAUUGAAUGUUUACUGACAUUAUUUUAGUGCCUGUGUUUUAAUGAAUACAGAAUGUUAAUAUUACAUUACUAAACAAUGUCAUUUAUUGUUGGUCAGUGAGUUAUAUAAACACUGGAUAAAAUCCACAGAGCAGAUUCAUUAGUUAUUAUUAUUUAUUUCUUAGCAGACGCCCUUAUCCAGGGCGACUUACAAUUGUUACAAGGUAUCACAUUAUACAUUAUUUCACAUUAUACAGAUAUCACAUUAUUUUUACAUACAAUUACCCAUUUAUACAGUUGGGUUUUUACUGGAGCAAUCUAGGUAAAGUACCUUGCUCAAGGGUACAACAGCAGUGUCCCCCACUGGGGAUUGAACCCACGACCCUCCGGUCAAGAGUCUAGAGCCCUAACCACUACUCCACACUGCUGUGUGCUUUAAUUGAAAUCCAGCCAUACAGACCCUUGGCUGAUUGUCAUUGUCCAUUCAAUGUGACUGACAGAUGCAGUGUACAUCUGUGGUACAUGGAUUUUUUUUAUUUCAAUGAAAUUGCUCCGCAAGUGCACCUCAGUCCUGAUCUGAACACCCCUUGCCAUUCAGUCCAGGACACCUCUCAUUCUAAACUGGGGAAAUUCUUGAUUGUGGGCAAUAAACUCAUUUCACCUUGGUGAGAUUCAAACCCAGCUCGCUCCGAUGAAGUGAACAUCGUGCAGUCUCUCAUUUGUUACAUUUUCCUUCAGUGGUCAUUGUAAUUAUCAUGAUGAAUCCUUGAAAGACACUUGAUGAUGUGACAAACCUGUGCUGAGACCACCUCGUGAUCUUCAACAGGAUGGUCUCCAAUAUUUUAAAUACUAUUUUAUCUACAGAUCCCUUUAUUCCAGAAAAUAGCGGCACACAAUAAAAUCUUCUUUUUCUAAA